UUGUGCGCGUCCGUCAGUCUGGCCCCUGCAAUGUUUAGUGUUUAGAGGAGUCUGAGAAUAGCGCGCGUGGAGCUCCGCACUGCACACGCAGGAUGUCUCUGGGUUGUCUGAGGUUGGCACUGUGCCAUGCGGUGCGGGCACUACACCAGCCUGUUUGCUCCAGCAGCCCAGCAUCUCUCCUGCUGCCACCCUGCAGACCCCUGGGCGGGUACCUGAGUGCGUACCUGGGCGUGGCCCUGCAGCAGUGGAGCCGGUUCUGCACAGAAGCAGGGGGCCCUGAGGGGGGCGUGGCCAUCAAACCCCAGAAGAAGAAACACAACCCGAACGCCAGGGUAACCAUCGGCAGCGUGGGCCGGAGGAUCUUCCAGCCCCGCGUGCAGCUGCUGGGCGAGGAGGGGGAGGAGCUGGGCGUGGUGCAGCGGCAGGAGGUUCUGAAGAUGAUGGACGACAGCGGUCUGAAACUGGUGGUAGUAAACGAGCGCUCGAACCCACCGGUGUACCGACUCAUGACCGGAAAACAGAUCCACGAAGAGCAGGUGAAGCUGAAGGAGAAGCAGAAAUUCAAAACUACAGGUAGUGUCCAGGUGAAAGAACUGACUCUAUACUCAGGUAUUGCCUCACAUGAUCUGGAGAAUAAACUGAAGCAGGCAGCGAGCUGGCUGGAGAAAAAACAUCACAUCAAACUGACUCUGAGAGCAAAGCAUGGCUCCAGCAGUGAGACAGCUUUGAACACAGUUCUGGACCAGAUGGUGGAGAAGAUCUCUGUACCCGUGGGAUUUGUGUCGACAUCCAGACUGAUAAGCGAGGGUCGAGCUGCUACUUGUAUCCUGCGCCCGCCGUCCGCCAAGGAACUGGCCAAAGCAGCAAAACAGAGAACCCAGAACCCCACAGAACCACCCCGACCAGAACCACCCCGACCAGAACCGGGCAUAACCGAGAGCACUGCCUCCACCUCAGUGCCUGGACCUCCAAAAGACUCAGAGCAGCAGUAAAAUAAACACUCAAUAAAGCAGCUUUUCAUACAGAAAA